CGAUCAAAGCCCUUCACUUCCGGCCCGAGCGCUUCACUUCAGGAAGAAGAAAUAAUGGCGACGCUUGUGGGGUCCGAGUCCCCUUGUACCAGAGGAAAUCCGAGAAAUUGCAACGGCAAUAUUGUCACUACGUUAACGGCCAGUAAAAUUUCUGGCCAGAGUUACAGCCGAGGGACACAGCUCCCAGCAGGCCUCCUCCUGGAGAGAGAUAAACGAGCCAAGUGGCAUGGCAUCCCUACUCUGCUGCAGAAGCUCUACGAGAGCAGCCAACCCAAUAGUGACCUCUCCCAUGCCCAUAGCUUUCUUAAGGUAUUAUCAUCGCAGAUCUCCAUGGAGGCCAUGACAUAUGUCACAGAGGACAGGAAGACUGCUCAGGAUUCCACCUUCCCUAACACAUACACCUUUGACCUUUUUGGUGGAGUUGACCUGCUUGUGGAGAUCCUGAUGGGACCCACACUUACUAUGCAGAAGAAAAAACCUAAAAUGAACGACGACUUGGUCAAGGACUGCCUUAGUGUGCUCUACAACUGUUGUAUAUGUAUGGAAGGGGUCACUAAGAGCCUUGCAGCCAGGGAAGACUUUGUUCUCUUUCUCUUUAGUCUGAUGACCAAUAAGAAGACCUUUCUUCAGACUGCUACUCUAAUUGAAGAUAUUCUUGGAGUCAAAAAGGAGAUGAUCCAGUUGGAUGGCAUCCCUAAUUUGUCAAGUCUGGUGCAGAGCUUUGACCAGCAACAACUGGCUAACUUCUGCCGCAUCCUGUCUGCCACCAUCUCAGAACCUGACGUAGGAAAUGAUGACAAGCACACGUUACUAGCUAAAAAUGCGCAGCAGAAACGCAAUUCCAGUCCUUCUAGGGCUGAGGUCAACCAGGUUACCCUGCUCAACAUCCCUGGCUUUAUUGAGCGGCUGUGUAAGCUGGCCACUAGAAAGGUGUCUGAGGCCACAGGAACUAACUUCUUGCAGGAGCUAGAAGAAUGGUACACAUGGCUGGACAAUGCUCUAGUGCUCGAUGCUCUCAUGCAGAUGGCUUCUGAAGAGGCUGAACAGAGCAGUACAGAGUCAUCCGAUGAAAGUUCCCUAACCACCAGCCCUUUGAGACACCGCCUGCCCCAGUCCAUGAAGAUCGUUCAUGAGAUCAUGUAUAAGGUGGAAGUUCUCUACGUGCUGUGUGUCCUCCUCAUGGGUCGACAGAGGAAUCAGGUCCACAAGAUGCUGGCUGAGUUUCGCCUCAUCCCAGGACUUAAUAAUCUCUUCGACAAGCUGAUCUGGAGAAAAUAUACCUCUUCAAAUCAUGUGGUGCACGGGCAAAAUGAGAACUGCGACUGUAGUCCAGAAAUAUCUUUUAAAAUCCAGUUUUUGCGGCUACUGCAGAGCUUCAGUGAUCAUCAUGAGAACAAGUACCUUCUACUGAACAGCCAGGAACUAAAUGAGCUUAGUGCCAUAUCCAUGAAGGCUAACAUCCCUGAAGUGGAAGCUUUGGUGAACACGGACAGAAGCCUUGUGUGUGAUGGGAAGAAGGGCCUCCUCACACGCCUCCUCACCGUCAUGAAGAGGGAGCCCCCAGACUCGUCCUUCAGGUUCUGGCAGGCAAGGGCAGUGGAAAGUUUUCUCAGAGGUGCUACCUCCUAUGCAGACCAAAUAUUUCUCCUGAAGAGAGGACUACUAGAGCACAUCCUGUUCUGCAUCAUAGAUAGUGGCUGUACAUCAAGAGAUGUCCUACAGAGCUACUUUGAUCUGCUCGGAGAGCUCAUGAAGUUCAAUAUUGAUGCCUUCAAAAGAUUCAACAAAUAUGUCAACACACCAGAGAAGUUUCAGACAUUUUUGACGCAAAUCAACAGCUCUCUGGUGGACUCGAACAUGCUGGUGCGCUGCAUCGUCCUUUCACUGGACCGUUUUGAGAGCCAGACAGAAGAUGUCAAAGUUGUAGAGGUACUUUCUGAGUGCUGCCUCCUGUCCUACAUGGCCAGAGUUGAGAACAGGCUGUCCUUCCUCUUCCGACUGAUAAACAUCAUUAACGUACAAACUCUCACACAGGAGAACGUAAGUUGUUUGAACACUAGUCUGGUCAUCUUGAUGCUGGCCAGAAGAAAGGCCAAGCUGCCUUUCUACCUUAACGCCCUGCGGGAGAAGGAGUGUGCUGAAAAGUACCCGGGUUGCCUGCUCAACAACUUCCACAACCUGCUGCGCUUCUGGCAGCGCCACUACCUCAACAAGGACAAGGACAGCACCUGUCUGGAGAAUAGUUCCUGUAUCCCCUUUAGCUACUGGAAGGAGACAGUGUCAGUGCUUCUGGGCUCAGACAGGACUUCUCUUUGUGCCAUAGCGAGCUACAUUGAUGAGCCCUUCAUGGAUCUGGACAGAGACCUGCUGGAAGACUGACCCCCAGCGUGUGCACCCGCUGGGUAGGACAAGGCGGAGCGUCGCAGGGAGCAUGGACACCUGAAGCUGUUGAUGACUCGCCUGAGCUGAGCCAUCCAGAAAACUUGGACUGUGUCCUGGAUGUGAAGGGUCGUCUGUUUGCUGACUGUACGUUUAGCACGGAGGAUGUACAGAGGUGGGGGGUGUAAGCCUGUCAUCUUCUAAGUUAUUCCUCUUCACACAAAAAACCCCAACUCUAUGCCCACUCCAGAGCACGCACAUCAUAUAACAGACAAUUAAGGGACUGUGAUUAUUACUUGCUUUAGGUGAAAUUUACAUAGAACAUUUUUAUACCCUAUACAAAAGUAUAUGAUAAAUCUGUAUGUAAACAAAUUAUAUGAUGGGGGGGUACUUUUCACAUGGACUUUAAAAAAUGGCCAUUGUUUACAAUGACACCCUGAUGUGUGUGCCAGUGGUCACAGGGUUGCUAUGGGUCAGCAGCCUCACUCUCCCACUACCUACACGCUCUCAGUCCAUGCCGCUCCACUGCCUGACCUGUGGAGCUGUCGCAGGGGGGCUUCUCAAUGAAAGUUAUUUUCAUUUAACCAACAUGUGGGUCUGUUUUACUAGGUGGCUACUGUUGGUCGGUGCGUUCUGGCUCUAUUUGGCUCAUAUUUAUCUAGGUUGAGGAGUGGCUGACACGUUUCACGAAUCACACAGGGCUCCUCUCACCUGAAACCUUCUACUUUAUUGUGGCUUCAAUGGCUUCACCCACAGACUCGGUCUCUCUUUCAGGUCUUUUUGCUGAUUUAUUUUUUUUUGUCUUGUUAAAACAGUGACUUUUAGCUGUUGAACUGUAGAAUAAAACAUUGCACAGAUUACAUUGUUUUAUUGUUUAUUAUAUUUUAACACAUUUGUUGAUUAAAAUAUUGUUUUGUAACAGCAUUUGUAUCCAUUUUGUGAGAUGUUCUGGGAAGAGAAUAAACUAUGCAGGCUCUAGUGUUAAUAUAUUAAUUUCAUUCUAACACUCCUCAGUUUGUUUUAAGGAUCAGCACCGUGAUCAUAUUUCAAAGUCUCUUUCUCUUUCACCUGUGUUUUCUGAAGAGCUCUAAACUGGGAAUGACAAUCGUUUUGCUUUUUUUUUUUAAUUCUAUAUUUUCUUGGCGAUUCUUUGCUGCGUUGAUGUGUCCAUGGCCCAAAUGUGCUGUUCUGUGGGUGGGAGGGAUGGUAACUCAAACAGUUGUCUUAAACUGAGGCGCCCCAAGAGAAGUUCAAAUAAAUGAGCUACCUCAUACUUGUCCUGACACCAGUCAGAUCAAACCACUUCUAACGCGUGUACAGAUUUAUUCCCAGCAUGUCAAAAGUGGUGUGUUGACGUGAUUGUAUAAGGGCAUUUCUACAUUUGGGCCCUUGUUCUUAUUGGUUGCUAGUGCUAAUGCAUCCUAGGUAAUGCAAACACACUUCUGAAGCCUUUUUGUUGCUAAUUAGCCAGAACUGUUUCCUUAUCUUCUAGCUUUCGUUCAGCAUGUCUUAAAUCUCUGAGUGUGCACAUAUUAGUGCUUUGCGUGAAGUUAUUGCAAGUUCACUUUAUAAGUGCUUCUCUUACAAAUUCUUCAUCAAUUUACUGGAUGCCUGAAAUAACUAUAGUUUCUUAAAAAAUAAUUAUCAGGCUGUACCUGCAGUGGUAUUAGAUCCUUAGCACUGACUGUGUAUUAGGAUUAAUCUGAACCAUUUCUUGACAGACCAAGUUAAAGAACUGUAGGUGAUGCCCUUUGACCCCUCUAGCUUUAUAAUAUGAGCGUCUGAGUUUUCCCUUAACAGGAUGCACAAAGCAAUUGUUUUCUAAUAGUUACAUAGUAUGUGGUGUGAUGCUCCUGGAAGGCCGUGGAUUUGCUUAGGAAGAAGUACAGUGUUGUCCUCUUGGCCAAGAACAUGCUGCAGUGUUGAAUAUGACACAUGGACGUUUGCCUGUAGUUGUGUGUAAUGUGUGGUAUGAUGAGGAUAUUAUGGGUUUUAUUUACAGCACAUGCAAAACUCAGACCAUGUGGUGCUUUUUUCUUUUCAUCACAUAUGAUUGUAUCUCAAAUCAUCAGGAUCAAAUGUUGAAAAGGAUUAAAAUGAUUGUGACCAUAGAUAAAAGGGUGUGAUAUCAUCAGGUCAAUACCAUUAAUUCAGUUUAGGUAACUGUAAAUGUAAAUUGUCAUUGAAUAAGUCGUACAGAAACUCUUAUGGUCGUGUAACAAAUCCACCUCUGGACACUUGAGUCUUAAUCUCUUGUUAUCUGUUCGACCAGAGCAGGAAUAAAAAGUCAUGUUUUCACAUUCAAGCACUUCUGUAGCCAAUCCUCACCCUCGUGUUAAUCCUCUAAUGCUGGUACACUUAAUUUUCCUUAUUUAACAGCUGUUUGUCAAAAAAAUAAUAAAGUCUUCUUUAGAGCCUC